CCUCAGACCAAGGCAGAGUUUGGGCGCCAGGAGAGGAAGGCAAAGAGGCUCCGGGCGGGUAUUCUGUAACAAAGACCCCCAGGUCUGCUUAGAGCAAGGCAGGUGAAGGAGGCAGCCAGGUGGGUCCCCACGUCUGUCCCCAGGACAACAUGGAUUAUAAGUCGAGCCUGAUCCAGGAUGGAAACCCCAUGGAGAACCUGGAGAAGCAGCUGAUCUGCCCCAUCUGCCUGGAGAUGUUUACCAAGCCGGUGGUCAUCUUGCCGUGCCAGCACAACCUCUGCCGGAAGUGUGCCAACGACAUCUUCCAGGCUGCCAAUCCCUAUUGGACCGGCCGGGUUGGCUCCGCGGCCAUGUCUGGAGGCCGUUUCCGCUGCCCUUCCUGCCGCCACGAGGUGAUCAUGGACCGCCACGGGGUGUACGGCCUGCAGCGGAAUCUGCUGGUGGAGAACAUCAUUGACAUCUACAAACAGGAGUGCUCCAGCCGGCCGCUGCAGAAGGGCAGCCACCCCAUGUGCAAGGAGCAUGAAGAUGAGAAAAUCAACAUCUACUGCCUCACGUGCGAGGUGCCCACGUGCUCCAUGUGCAAGGUGUUCGGAGCCCACAAGGCCUGCGAGGUGGCCCCACUGCAGAGUGUCUUCCAGGGACAGAAGACUGAGCUGAGUAACUGUAUCUCCAUGCUGGUGGCAGGGAACGACCGUGUGCAGACCAUCAUCACUCAGCUAGAGGACUCCUGUCGAGUGACCAAGGAGAACAGUCACCAGGUGAAAGAAGAACUGAGCCAGAAGUUUGACACGCUGUACGCCAUCCUGGACGAGAAGAAGAGCGAGCUGCUGCAGCGGAUCACGCGGGAGCAGGAGGAGAAGCUCGGCUUCCUCGAGGCCCUCAUCCAGCAGUACCGGGAGCAACUGGACAAGUCCACCAAGCUGGUGGAGACAGCCAUUCAGUCUCUGGAUGAGCCCGGUGGCGCCAUCUUCCUCCUGAGUGCCAAGCAGCUCAUCAGAAGCAUUGUGGAAGCUUCCAAGGGUUGCCAGCUGGGGAAGAUAGAGCAGGGCUUUGAAAACAUGGACUACUUUACUUUGGACUUAGAGCAUGUAGCUGACACCCUGAGGACCAUCGACUUUGGGACAGAUGAGGAAGAGGAGGAGUUCAUUGAAGAAGAAGAUCACGAAGAGGAAGAGUCCACAGAGGGGAAGGAAGAAGGACACCAGUAAGGCGAUGAUGAGGGAGAGACCCUCUAGAUGCAGAGAGACCGGGGAGGGUGGGGAUGGGCCCAGCUGCCUUAGUGACAGGCCCAGGGUGGGAGGGGUCAGGGCCCCUGGCGGGGCAACGGGGAGGUGUGUCUUCUCUCUGCUCAGAGAGCAGGAACUAGGAGUAGGACCCCACCGCUGUGUCCAGCGUUGCGAACCAGAAUUGGAAACGUGCUUGAAACAACCACACUGGAUUCUUUUCUACGUUGGUGCAAAAUGGAAUAUUUUGUACAUUUUUUAAAUGUGAUUUUUGUAUACUUGUAUAUGUAUGCCAAUUUGGUGCUUUUUGUAAAGGAACUUUUGUAUGAUAAUGCCUGGUCAUUGUGUGAUUGGCGAUUGUUAUAAAGAAGGGAAGGAAGCCAGGUUGAUACAGCUGCCCACUUCCUCUACUUGGUGGGUUAGCACUCACAGGUCCAGGAAAGGAUAACGUACUGUAUUUCAGUGUCUAUACCCCACAUAAGGGACGGUGACCGAGUUUGUGUUAUAUGUUGUUUUAAUAAAUGCACAGCGCUUUCUUCCAAUUAUUACUAAAA